AUGAACGCUGCCCAGCUCUCCGUCCUCCAGCAGCACUCCGCUCUCCAGCAAGCCCAAGCCCAGGCCCAAGCCCAAGCUCAGGCUCAAGCCCAAGCCCAAGCUCAGGCUCAGGCUCAAGCCCAAGCCCAAGCUCAAGCUCAAGCCCAGGCGCAAGCUCAGGCCCAAGCUCAAGCCCAGGCCGCCCACGCCCACGCCCAGAACCAAGCCGCCCAAGCCCAGGCACAGGCUCAGGCCCAAGCUCAAGCCGUCGCCGCCCAGCAGGCCGCCUUUGCAGCUGCGCAUCAAGCUUCGCCGAUGACCUUCUCGCAGCAACUGGCGGCCGCGCAGCAGAAUCACCAGAAUGCCCUCAACUCGGCGGCGGCGACAAGUCAGGCCGGCGGCUUGCCGUUGUUCAUGCAGCCCUCGCAGGCGGCGUUGGCCGCCGCUGCCGCCGCAGCCGCUCCUUCCGCUUCUUCCGCGGCCGGCAACCCGAUGAUCCAUACACAUACGGGCGACCACCCAUAUCUGCCCUGGCCCAUCCAGCAGCCGGCCGUCAACGUGCCGUUUUUCGAUAUUCAGGCUUAUAAGGGUGUGAAUUUGGAUGUCCCACCAUCAGAACAGGCCACCGGAUCAGACCUGCCGCUCAAUGAUGUCGCCACGCUUCGCUUCUUCUUCAACCUUGGAGUACAGCAAUCCCGGGUCGUCCUCCUCAACCAGCACCUCAACCAGCACUUGCCCCAGCAGCAGCAGAGCACAGCUCAAGCCAGCGCUUCGGCACCUCCUGCUCCUAUGGUCCCACCAGGAACUCCUCAGAAUGCUCUUACAAAUCAGACUCCUACCUCCACUCCGCAAUCCCAGGCCCAGCCGCUCAGCGGUGUUCAACUGCAUAUGGCCCAAAGCCAGGCCGGCUCCCUCAGCGAGCAGCAGCUGAACGCCUUGGCCGGGUUGUUACCCCAGAACCCGCUUUUGAGACAACAACAACAAAACCUACUCGCUCAGGCCCAGGCUCAAGCCCAGCAGCUUCAGCUCGCUGCCCGACAACCACCGGUGCCGCAAAUUGACCCCGUCACCAGCCAUUCGAUUACUGGUGCCCCACAGAUGGCCAAGCCUCAAGUCCCAGCCACCGCGCCAAAGCCGGGAAGCUUGGAAGCUCUCCUGCUUCAUCAGGCUCUGCAAGCCGCACAGAAUCCCGCCAACAACCGCGCCCUCGGCAACCUGGACGCUUUCCGGAUGCAAAUGCUGCAGCAGGGAGGGGCAGGUGCUGGUGGGCCGAUCCCAGCCCCUGCUCCGGCUCCCGCUGGUCUUCCCGCUAGCUUUCGCCUGAAUGCUGAGCAAAUCUUGAAGCAAACCGCUGACGCAAUUUCACCGCGCCCGCCAGUUCCCGUGGACCCCGCACCGAGCCCGAUGAACACCAUGCGGUUGUUGCAGCUCCAGCAGCAGCAGCAAUUCUCACAGGCGCAGAACCAGGCCCUUGUCGCUGCUCACCAGGCUGCUGCCCACGUCGCUCAAGAAAAUAUGAGGAAAUUGUCGGCGGCAGCCAUUCUUGGAGGCAUUCCGAUCAGUGCCGCUUCGGCCGCCGCCCUCAGCCAGCGCAGCACCCCGUUGCAGCAGCUGAGCCGCCCCGCGACCGCCCACAGCGGCAGCGUCGCCGUCGAGGACGUCAACGCCUCGCCCAACCUCAUCCAGGUCUCCGAGCGCCACUUCACCGAGGCGUUCAAGAACCAGAAUGAAGGGAAUAGCCUCGCCAUCGGGAUCCGACGUCCGCAGUCUGAUGCUCGGAUCGAUGCGACAGCGCCAUCAUCAUCGAACUCUAAUGGAUCGCCAAAUAAUCCGGAAAAUGGGGAGGCAAAGCCUCAACAAAAUGAGGAGGAUGGACAACCAGCUCUAGCCCCAAUUCUGAUGAUGUCCUACCUAAAUACCUGCAUCGGAAAAGUGAAGAACCAACUUCAAUCCAACGGCAUGGGCUUGACGUUUGACCCGAGUGGACGGCCGAUCGACUACGCCUCACGCCCCAUUGACCCAAUCUUCCAGUCGGCCCGCAAACAGCUUGAGAACCAGCUGGAGUACAAAGACGCCACGACGAGCUCUCCUGAUGGAGCUCAUGCAUCCGCAACGUCCGCAAAUGGUAGCCCCACGGACAGGAACCCUGCUGUUUCGAUGGCUCCGUUGGGAAUUAACCGAGGGCCCAAUGAUGCGACCAUCGAGCCGAAAACGGAAACCCGCUCGACGCCUGAGAAAAGGGAUCUGGUUGUUGAUGAUCGAAUCGAGGUGAGGGACGACCUCGACUCAAACCACUCGGGUCAGUCCAGCCCCCCGGAGAAGCGACUCCGGAUAGCCACCGAUGAGGAU